AUGGUUAAAACCAUCACUAACACGUGUUCCCACUCUUCAGGUCAGGUUCUGGACAACAGGACACAGUCUCCAUGGCGAUUGUCAUUCCUCAGUCAUCUCUUCCGGAGUGCCGUGGAGAUCAUUGGCUUGUUGUUCCAAACACUGGUCCAGCCAGAUCUGACAAAGACCGGUAACACUGGCUCAUCCUCURCAGGCCCCAGUGAUGGCAGAGGAUUCCUGACGCUGCUCUGGGAAUUCCUACACGUAGGGGCCAGGGUGGCCAAUACGACAGCUUUCCGUUUCUGA